UGAUUAUUAGGUUAUUUAGGUUAGAUUACAUCAUCAAUUGAAGUAAAUAGUUUUUUAGUUUACAAACAUGUUUGUGUUUUCAAAAACUCAACAUGUUUUUCUUAUAAGUAAACCGUUAUUAAAAAAGUGCUUUAAUCGUACGUUUCUGUCACAAGCAUAUUAUUGUAAUGAAAUAUGGGAACAAAGACUCUCAGAUCCUAUCAUUAAAAAGGUUGAUUUAGAUGUAUUUUAUAAUGAACUUGAUUUAAAAUAUCAAAAAAUUAGAAAUAUAAGCCCAGUGGAUGUAGAUAUUUUUGCAAAUGCGGUUAACAAUCGUACACAUUUUGAUGAGCUUUUAGAUUUAGUUCAUAAACUUCGAUUAAGUGCUGAAACAAAGAAUACGUUAGAAUCUACCCACCAUGCCGUAGUACGAAAUUUACUGAAGGAAAAACAAAACGAUCUUUUACUGCAGGUGCUGGAUGAUCGUCUAAACUAUGGAAUCUUCUUAGAUUACUACACCACUAAUUUAUUACUUGAUACUUUCUGGAAAGAAAAAGAUUAUCUGUCUGGUGCUAGAACUGCUAGUCAACUUAUGUUACAAGAAGAUUUCUCACAUCCCUUGAAUACCGCUUUAUCGCUCUUACAUUGUUAUAAUUACUUAUUGGAACCAAAGGAAUGGCCUAAACCACCUUUGCCAGAAGAACCUGUAGAAGAAAAAAAAGUUCGUGUUAAAUAUUUAAGGAAUCCCUAUUAUGAUGAUCACUUUGAUCUCAGGGAUCCUCUAAAAAUUGUUGGCAAAACAUUAGUCCUUGCUACAAAACCAUUAGGAGAUACUUUAGAGAAAUCCCUUCAUGCAGUAGGUCUUGCUUUAUGGGACCACAAGGACAAAUUGCAGCAGUUUAUUGCAAAAUUGAAGAAAAACAAUGAAACAAUAUUUGACACAACUCUAGACCUAGUACCAGAUGAUAAUCAGUGCAAAAGUGAAUUAUCUCCUGUUUCUACUCAAACCGGUGAUCUACAAAACCUUUUACAAGUAAAAGUUAAAAAAGCUGAACAAACCACAUCUGAGAAAGACAUUGCUAGUCAGUGUGACACUUAUGCUCAAUGGAUUGAUGAUAGAAGAAGACUUCUGGAUGAACAAAAUCAAAGAUAUCUAAAUGCAAAAAGAUUACUUAAUAUUGAAGAAACACAGAAAUCUCUUCAAGAAAGAGAAAAGCUCCUGUGGUUUUUCGAAAAUCAGGACAAAAUUGAACUGCAGAUUGAAGCUAAUGAAGCUCUUGCAGCUACUAACACAAACUUUCUAACUAAAAAAGAAAAGAAAAUGGAUGAAAAUUAUAUUCCACCAGAAGUAAAACAAAGAAAAACUGCAUCUUAGUCAU